GUAUAUGUAGGCAUAGUACAAGCAAUAAAGCAUAUUUACUCUCAAGAGGGGAUAAAAGGAUUUUACCGAGGAAUUUCUGUAUCCGUAAUGCAAAUUAUUCCUUAUAUGGGUCUAAUGUUUGGUAGUUAUGAGAUAUUCAAGAAAUCGUUUCGAAACCUUGAGGAAAAGAGUUUAUGGUUCAGUAAUUUAAAAGGUACUGAAGAUUUUUUUAGUGGCGCAUUAGCCGGAAUGUUUAGCAAAACUGGAAUAUUUCCACUUGAUUUGUUAAGAAAACGGUUACAAAUUCAAGGUCCCAAUCGAUCAAAGUAUAUAAUCAAGAAUAUUCCAGCUUAUUCUAGUUCUAUAUAUUCUUGUAUACGGCAAAUAAUUGUUGCUGAAGGAUUUUUUGGGCUUUACAAAGGUCUAACCCCUGCAUUGUUAAAAUCUGCGCCAGUUAGUGCUACGACGUUUUUUGUUUAUGGACAAACAAAAAAAUUAUUAGAAAGUUUACAUAAGAUAUCCUCGUAA